AUGGCUCGACAUCAACGAGGCAUCCUGUUCCCCAAAUACGGAUGGCGACGACACUUCACAGUAACACAAGAUUUCUAUGGCGAAGUCGCCUACAACGCCGAGUCAUGGGACAAGAAAAUAUCAAAAAGCGUGUAUGAAUGGGAUACCAACCUCUUCAUCAAGCUCUUCACUGUCGAGAGGGACCUCCGAAUGCCGGUCCAACGCGAAGAGCACAUGCGAACAAAGGGCCGGGCCUAUUUGAAAGCUAUCAAUAGCACCGAAGACAAAGUAAAGGUCUGCGAACUUGACUCCCUGCUCAAUGAAGUGAACAGGAAGUAUUUCGAAAAGGAGCUCGAGCUUCACGAAUGCGAGCUGGAUCUCUUCAAACGACCCCUGAAGGAGAUGUACGAUACCCUGAGAAAAGACUCUACUUGGUAUCUGCGGACGGAACUUGUAGAGGACUGUAUCGCCAAGGGUGGCUGCUACAGCCGUGACUGUGGAUGCUGUCAGAAGAGACACUGGACUUCUAAGCGGAGCCGCGGUAUUGGCCAUUGCACCGUGGAGUGUGGAUCUUGCGUGAUGAUUCGCCGAUAUAUGGUACAGUAG